AUGGGCCUCCCUGCUGCGCUCGUCAUUUUUGUGGGCUUCUUGAGCCUGGGAGCUUCCUUUAUCCUCCAGCUGCUCGUCGCCCUCGGCCUGCCCUACAUCAAGGGCAUCUACUUCCUCUACACCGACUUCAGCAAUGGCUCGUCGACGCUGAGGCUCACGUUCGGCAUCUGGGCCCAGUGCCUCGCCUCUGACGGCGUAAAGAGCUGCACCUCGACUGGGCUUGGCUACCAGCAGGCCGCCUACUCGAACGUCAUCGCUCCCUUCUUUGUCAACAAGCUGCCCUAUGCCCUCGUCGUCCAGCCCGUCGCUGCCGGCUUCACCGGUCUCGCCGCCGGCGCCGCGUUCCUCCACCUGUGCACCAACACCAUCCUCUGGCCUCUCGCCGCCAUCUGGGCCUCGUUCCUCACGAUGGCGGCGCUCGUCAUCGAGCUGGUCCUGUUCAUCCUGGCGCGCAACAAGUACCGCAGCUUUGACGGUGUCCAGGGCACCGGCUCGAUCCCCAUCAAGUCGGAGCUCGGCCCUGCCAUCUGGAUGCAGGUCGCUGCGCUUCCUCCCUGCUUCUUUGGCUUCAUGAUGCUCGCCGCCGGCUGGUGGCUCAAGCGCUCCCGCUACAACUCGCACUACCAGGACGACUACGAGCCCGCCAGGCCCAGCUACGUCCAGGACAAGGACGACUACUACUACCAGCCCGCCCCUCCGCCCGCCCGCGUCCCGUCGCGUCAGAGCAGGCGUUCCCGCUACGCGCCCGACGACUACUACGAGGACGACGAGCGCGUCUACGGCAACGUCGGCCGCCGCGACAGCCGGCGCGAGAGCGGACGCAGCAUGGACAGGCGGAGCGGAGGCGGCUACGGCUACGACCGCGACAGGAGGAUCAGCUACGAGGACCGGCCCGCGAGGAGGAGCUACGCGGGCGACGCCUACGGUAGCCGCACCUCGCUGGCCCCUCCGGCCGGCGCGCCCUACCGCGGCGGUCGCUCUCGCAGGUACAGCGAGCGAGGAGCCUACUAG